AUGGCACCAGACGAGUCAACAUCAUCCAAGAAGGAGCCCGUCAUCAUCGUCGGCGCUGGCCUGGCCGGCCUGGUCGCCGCCUUUGAGCUGGCCGAGCACAACGUGCCCACCAUCAUCCUCGACCAGGAGAACCGCGCCAACCUGGGCGGCCAGGCCUUCUGGUCGCUCGGCGGCGUCUUCAUGGUCGACUCAUCGCGUCAGCGCCGCCUCGGCAUCAAAGACUCGCGCGAGCUCGCCAUGCGCGACUGGUUUGACUCGGCGCAGUUCGAUCGCGAGGUCGAGGAUCACUGGCCGCGCCGCUGGGCCAAGGCUUUCGUCGACUUCGCCACCGACGAGAUGGAGGAGUAUGUCGGUGCCCGCGGCAUGGGUUUCGUCUUCAACGUCGGCUGGGCGGAGCGCGGCGCCGGCCGCGCCGACGGCCACGGAAACUCGGUCCCGCGCUUCCACCUCACCUGGGGCACCGGGCCGGAGGUCGUCCGCGUGUUCCAGGAGCCUGUCCUGGCGGCGGAGAAGAAGGGAACCAUCACGUUCAAGUUCCGGCACCGGGUCGACGAGGUCAUCACCGACGACGCCGGCCGCGCGGUCGGUGUCCGCGGCAGCAUCCUCGAGGAGGACGACUCGGCCCGCGGCGUCAAGUCCUCCCGCAAGAUCGUCGACAACUUUGAGAUCCGCGGCUCCUCGGUGCUCGUGUCCUCGGGUGGCAUCGGCGGCAACGUCGAGGCGGUCAAGAAGGCAUGGCCGGUUGACCGCCUCGGGCCCAAGGUCCCGGAGCACUUUGUCGUCGGCGUGCCCGCGCACGUCGACGGCCGCAUGAUCGACAUCGCCGAGACGGCCGGCGCCAACGUCAUCAACCGCGACCGCAUGUGGCACUACACCGAGGGCCUGCAGAACUGGAACCCCAUCUGGCCCGGCCACGGCAUCCGCGUCCUGCCCGCGCCGUCCUCCCUCUGGCUGGACGCCGCUGGCAACCGCCUGCCUCCAUUCCUCUUCCCCGGCACCGACACGCGCGCCACCCUCAAGCACAUCUGCGCCACCGGCUACGACUACACCUGGUUCAUCCUCGACCAGACCAUCAUCGCCCGCGAGUUCGCCCUCUCCGGCUCCGAGCAGAACCCUGACAUCACCAACAAGAGCAUCUGGCAGAUGCUCACCCAACGCAUUUUCAGCAGCAAGGGCACCAUGCCCGUGCAGAACUUCCAGAAGCACGGCAAGGACUUUGUCGUCCGUGACACGCUCGAGGAGCUCGUCGAGGGCAUGAACGUACUCGCGCGGGAGCGCUCCGGCCCCGUCCUCGACCUCGAGGCCGUCCGGGCGGUCGUCGAGGCGCGCGACGGCCAGUUCGACAACCCGUACAGCAAGGACGCGCAGGCGAUGCUUAUCCACAACGGGCGCAGCUACUGGCCGGACAAGCGCAGCCGCAUCGCGCCGCCGCACCGCCUGCUCGACCCGGCGCACGGCCCGCUCAUCGCCGUCCGCAUGAACCUGCUGACGCGCAAGUCGCUGGGUGGCAUCGAGACGAACCUCGACAGCAACGUCAUGCGCGCGGACGGCACGCCGUUCCCGGGGCUCUACGCGGCCGGAGAGGCGGCGGGCUUCGGCGGCGGCGGCGUCCACGGCUACAACUCCCUCGAAGGCACCUUUGUCGGCGGCUGCAUCUUCUCAGGGCGCGCGGCCGGCAAGGCCAUGGCGGCCGAGUACGAGAAGGCGUAA